AGGGAAGGGAAGCCAAGAAAACCACGCCACCGCCAAAAGCAGCUGCAGAUACCACUGCUGCUGCGCCUGCCUGCACAGCCCCCAGCAGGAGAGAGAGAGAGAGAGAAAGAGGGGGAGGCGGCAGCGGCAGCCAGCAAAGGCGGCGGCUUGCGGCUUGAGCUGUUGAUGAUGCAGGGCGAGUACCGGUCUUCCAUCGAGGAGUCGGCUGCGGCCGCUGUUGCCGCAGCCGCAGCCAUGGCUCCUCUGGCGGCCGCGGCGGUGAAGAUGGAGGCGGAGCAGGCGGCGAUGGCGGCGCCGCAGCUGGGGGCGGCGCACCAGCAGACGCAGCCGCGGCGGCAGUACCGCGGCGUGCGCAUGCGCAAGUGGGGCAAGUGGGUGGCGGAGAUCCGGGAGCCGCACAAGCGCACGCGCAUCUGGCUGGGGUCCUACGCCACGGCCGUGGCGGCGGCGCGCGCCUACGACACGGCCGUGUUCUACCUGCGCGGGCGGUCGGCGCGGCUCAACUUCCCCGAGGAGAUCCCCUCGUUCGGGCUGGCGGAUGGCGUGGACGUGGGGGAGCACGCGCGCGACCCGGCCGCCGCCGCCGCCGGCGGCGGCGGCGGCUGCACGCUGUCCGCGGCGUCCAUACGGAAGAAGGCCAUCGAGGUGGGGUCCCGCGUGGACGCGCUCCAGACCGGCAUGGUGGUCCCGCCGCCGCACCACCGCGAGCGCCAUAGGCACCACAACCACCUGCCGCAGCUGCGGGUGCACGCGGAGGAGCAGCAGGAGGAAGAGGAGCAGAAGCCGCAGCGGCCUGCGUGGAGCGGGCGCGUCAAGAACCCGGAUCUGAACCGUGCGCCGAGCCCCGAGAGCUCCGACGCCGAGUGACAAGCGAGCGAGAGAGCUGAGCAGCAGGCACCGCAAGGCGAGGUUCAACGACGACGUCCGUUAUCGGUUAUUCCCAAUCCCACGACGCAGCAUGCCGUUGUCGUCUCCGUCCGACCGUCCCCACGUACGUACGUACGUACACGACGAUCCAGCUGACCCGGCCGCCUGCCUAUCCUAUCCUAUCCGUCCUCGACGACCGGAUGGUCGGCGGGCGGGAGGGCGGUGCGGCGAGGGUUUUGGCCUUUUGGGUACGUUGUGGAUAAGCACGAAGGCAGCAGGCCAGCAGCAGCAGGGGCGGCGUGGCGGGCGGGCAGGCAGGGGCAGGGCAGGCGGAGACGGAGGGAGGCGGCCACAAGCGGCGGUCUUUCCAAAAUGUCAAAAAGGACAGCUGUAACAGCGAUAAGAAAAACAAGUCAUCAUCACCCUCUCUCA